AUGUCGAACGGAGGAUCUUCAGCAGAUCAACAGACGGAGUUGAUGCAAAAGAUGCGUGAAGAGUUUCUACACCAGUUUGACGUACUUCGUCAGGCAAACGAAGCAAGCAUGGCUCAGAUCGCCAUGCUUCAACAGCAGAAUAACACUCUGCAAACGACGCUGGCUCAGUUGGCACCACCGCCACCAGUGGGUGACACAGCAGCACCCCCUAGUCAGAAUAUUCCUCCGAUUACUGGACUUCCGCCUAAUGGGGUUCCAUCUAAUGGGGCACGACCCAAUGAGGCUCAGCCGAAUGAGGUUCAGCAACAACGGAAGGCAAGAUCCGAGGCUGCGGCUUCAAAUAACGUCCCUCGUCGCACACAGGAUGAACAAGUCGAAUCCAGCCAUAAACUUACAGUAUGGUCUAAUGGAAUCCCAGAUGGUGCAGGUGUUCAGGAUGCCUUUGACGAGAAGAGACUCCUGAAGAUUCAGACACCUGCUGAGAUGGCUGGAGAACACAAAAAUUCCUUAGUCAAAACUCCUUUCACUGACGAUGUGUAUCUGGUUGAGAGGCCCAAGAAAUUCACCAUGCCUACUUUCACCCAGUUUGAUGGAAUAGGGGAUCCUUCUUGGCACCUAGAUCAUUACGCUCAAAAGAUGGCUUUGGAUGAUCGUAAUGACCAUUGGAUGUGCAGAGUUUUUCCUACCAGUUUGACAGGAGCAGCAUUAGAGUGGUUCAAGAAUAGACCGCAUAAGUCCAUCCCGGAUUAUGUAACUCUAUGCACCAUGUUCUUGGCACAGUAUUGCGGAAAUAAGAAACAAAAGAAGAGCAUUGCCAGCCUCUUCACCGUAAGGCAGAAAAGGGGGGAAACAUUGCAAGAUUUCUUGUCAAGAUUCAACAUGGAGGCCUCAGAAAUAGCGGAUUGUCAUCCCGCAACUGCUAUAGAGACAUUUAAAUUCACGAUAAUUCAGGGGACGAAGUUCCAUAUUUCCUUAGUCAAGUAUUCUCCUCCCGACAUGCAGACUCUAAAUGCCAGGGCCCAGAUCUACAUUCGGCUUAAGGAAAAUAUAGCCCACCGAGCGCAGCAUGCCACCCUCAUGACAGUGGAAAACAAGCCUCGAGAAAGAAUUCCAACUCCAAAGAUUCAAAAAAGCCAACGUUCCUCAACGCCGGUCACCCAGGCACCUGAAAAAAGGCAAAGGGUAGAGGAAGGAUUUACACCUCUCCGAACUACCUUGGCUCGGCUCUUCCAAGAGAAUAAGACGAAGUUCACAACUCUGCAGCCAAUAAAGCAACCCCUGGAGCAAAGGGACAAAAGAAAGCAUUGCGCUUAUCAUCGAGAUUAUGGGCAUUCAACCAACGAUUGUAGAUCCCUCAGGUGA